AAACCAUGACUGCGCCCUUCUGCCCCCUAUUAGCUUCGGCCCUUAAUUAACGAACCGGUGACUAUUGGCUGAAGUUCCCCAGCGAUUUGCAUGAACCGAGAGGGAGUGUCUUCUGCCGCCCUCCCGUCAGGCGCGCGCUGACUGCAGCCUCCCGGGGAAUGCGCGACCAAGGGAAUGCGCCCGGCUCGCGGGCCCUGGCAGUGAGCUGGCGCCCGGCGAUCUGGCACCCACGUCCGGAUAUGGGGCAUCUACAUCGUCCCAGGAGCAGCACCAGCCACAGGAACCUGCCGCAUCUCGUUCUGUUUUUCCUCUUCGUGGGACCUUUCAAUUGCCUCGCGAGUUACAGCCGGGCAACGGAGCUCCUGUACAGCCUGAACGAGGGACUCCCCGCGGGAGUGCUCAUCGGAAGCCUGGCGGAGGACCUGCGGCUGGUGCCCCCCGCCUCUGGGAGGCAGGCCCAGCAGCCGCAGCCGCCGGAGAGCGCCGUCGCCCAGCGGACACCCCCUCUCUCCUUCAGCCUGGCCUCCCGGGGACUGAGUGGCCAGUAUGUGACCCUAGACAACCGCUCCGGGGAGCUGCACACUUCUGCCCAGGAGAUCGACAGAGAGGACCUGUGUCUUGAAGGGGUCAGUGGGACUGCCAGGGGCGGUAGCAUCUCCAUCUCCUCAGCGCCUUCCUCUGACUCUUGCCUUUUGCUUCUGGAUGUACUGGUCUUGCCUCAGGAAUACUUUAGGUUUGUGAAGGUGAAAAUUGCCAUCCGAGACAUCAACGACAAUGCCCCACAAUUCCCGGUUUCCCACAUCUCUGUUUGGGUCCCGGAAAAUGCACCUGUAAAUACCCGGCUGGCCAUAGAGCAUCCGGCUGUGGACCCAGACAUAGGAACCAAUGGAGUGCAGACCUACCGGUUACUUGACUACCAUGGCAUGUUCACCCUAGACGUGGAGGAGAAUGAGAAUGGGGAGCGCACCCCCUACCUAAUUGUCAUGGGGGCUUUGGACAGGGAAACCCAGGACCAGUAUGUAAGCAUCAUCAUAGCCGAGGAUGGCGGGUCUCCACCACUGUCUGGUAGCGCCACCCUCACCAUUGGCAUAAGUGACAUUAAUGACAAUUGCCCUCUCUUCACAGACUCACAAAUCAAUGUCACAGUGUAUGGGAAUGCUACAGUCGGCACCCCGAUUGCAGCUGUGCAGGCUGUGGAUAAAGACUUGGGGACCAAUGCUCAGAUCACCUAUUCUUAUAGCCAGAAAGUUCCACAAGCAUCCAAGGAUCUGUUUCAUCUGGAUGAAGCCACUGGAGUCAUUAAACUUUUCAGUAAGAUUGGGGGAAAUGUUCUGCAAACGCACAAGCUCACCAUCCUUGCUAAUGGGCCAGGCUGCAUCCCUGCUGUUAUCACAGCCCUGGUGUCCAUUAUCAAAGUUAUUUUCAGGCCACCUGAAAUUGUCCCUCGUUAUAUAGCAAAUGAGAUAGAUGGUACUGUUUACCUGAAAGAGCUGGAACCAGUGAACACUCCAAUUGCAUUUUUCACCAUAAGAGAUCCAGAAGGUAAAUAUAAGGUGAACUGCUACUUGGAUGGUGACGGACCUUUUAGAUUAUCACCCUACAAACCAUACAAUAAUGAAUAUUUGCUAGAAACCACAAAACCUAUGGACUAUGAGCUACAACAAUUCUAUGAAAUAACUGUGAUGGCCUGGAACUCUGAGGGAUUUCAUGUCAAAAAAAUUAUUAAAGUACAACUUUUAGAUGACAAUGAUAACGCUCCUGUGUUCCUUCAACCCUUGAUAGAACUAACCAUUGAAGAAAACAAUGCACCUAAUGCCUUUUUGACAAAGCUGUACGCUACAGAUGCUGACAGUGGAGAGAGAGGCCAAGUUUCAUAUUUUCUGGGACCUGAUGCUCCAUCGUAUUUUUCCCUAGACAGUGUCACAGGGAUUCUGACAGUUUCCACUCAGCUGGACCGAGAAGAGAAAGAAAAGUACAGGUACACAGUCAGAGCUGUUGACUCUGGGAAGCCACCUCGAGAAUCAGUAGCCACUGUGGCUCUCACAGUGUUGGAUAAAAAUGACAACAGCCCUAGGUUUAUCAACAAGGACUUCAGCUUUUUUGUGCCAGAAAACUUUCCAGGAUAUGGUGAAAUUGGAGUAAUUAGUGUAACAGAUGCCGAUGCUGGGCGGAAUGGAUGGGUUGCCCUCUCAGUGGUAAAUCAAAGUGAUAUUUUUGUCAUAGAUACAGGAAAGGGCAUGUUGAGAGCUAAAGUCUCUUUGGACAGAGAGCAGCAAAGCUCCUACACUUUGUGGGUUGAAGCCAUUGACGGAGGUGAGCCUGCCCUCUCCUCUACUGCAAAAAUCACAAUUCUCCUUCUAGACAUCAACGACAACCCACCUCUUGUCUUAUUUCCUCAGUCUAAUAUGUCUUAUCUGUUGGUACUGCCUUCUACUCUCCCUGGCUCACCAGUUACAGAGGUCUAUGCUGUUGACAAAGAUACAGGCAUGAAUGCUGUCAUAGCUUACAGCAUAAUAGGGAGAAGAGGUCCAAGACCCGAGUCCUUCAGAAUUGACCCUAAAACUGGCAACAUUACUUUAGAAGAGGCAUUGCUGCAGACAGAUUAUGGGCUCCAUCGCUUACUGGUGAAAGUGAGUGAUCAUGGUUAUCCGGAGCCCCUCCAUUCCACAGUCAUGGUCAACCUAUUUGUCAACGACACUGUCAGUAACGAGAGCUACAUUGAAAGUCUUUUAAGAAAGGAAGCAGAAAUUAAUAUAGAGGAGAAGGAACCACAGAUCUCAAUAGAACCGACUCACAGAAAAGUAGAAUCUGUGUCUUGUAUGCCCACCUUAGUAGCUCUGUCUGUGAUAAGCUUGGGUUCUAUCACACUCGUAACAGGGAUGGGCAUAUAUAUCUGCUUAAGGAAAGGGAAAAAGCAUCCCAGGGAAGAUGAAAAUUUGGAGGUACAAAUUCCACUAAAUGGAAAAAUUGACUUGCAUAUGAGAGAGAGGAAACCAAUGGAUAUUUCUAAUAUUUGACAUUUCAAAGUGAAUAACAGAGAGAUAUUUUAACUGACUUUGGAUAGUUUUCACCACCUAAACAAGAGUGAAUUUAUGGCAAUUCCAGUGAAGGACCACUAAUUUAUAAUUUGUACUAUAUUGUAAAUAGCUGUUUACAGGUUUUUAAUUUCAAAUUUAGAUGUUAUAAAAUGUGUACAGCAUUUUUUAAUGAGAAUUAGUACUAACAGCUAUAUAAUGAUUAUAAAAAAAGUUUAGGCAUUUGCAACUUUCAUACAUCAGGCAGAUGAUUGAUAAAACCUGGGAGUUAAGGUAAGAAAAUGGUAUAUAACAUAUUUUGUCUAAAAAGUCCUUUAUCCACAAGAGGGCAUCAGCUGCCCCUUUGCAGGGAACUGUUUGCAGUGUUGUACAUGACAGUUAUUGUACGUGAAAUUAAUGAAAGAGUAUAUUUUAAAUACAUUGUUUUUAAAUUUUACCAAAUAAUGAAAUAAAAGUAAAUUGAAUUUUGCCCAACUUAAAUGUAUGAUUGGAAGGAAAAGAAAUACACUUGUAAACAGGAUGGGUAUUACCUCAUAAGUACAUCAUGUAUAGUUGGAAGAAGUCAUUUAAAAGAAGCGCAAUUCUUUUUAAGCAAAAACAUAAAACAUUGCCAUGUGUUAAGGUCUCAACCUGCUGAAGAGUAUUUCAUUUUUAAGUGAACUUAGAUUUCUUUCUGUUUGCUUUUCACUGCCCUUGCAAUUAUUACAGGGGAAAAUAUUUAUUCUUCCUUACAGAAUAUGUAACUAGAAAUUGCGCCCAAGAAAAAAAGCCAGAAGCAAAGAAAUGUUUCAGUCUGUAGCUGCUUCCUAGGUGUUCAUGACAUUUGGGUACUUUCAUAACUUGUCAGUAGUACUUUAUACUUGGUUAUAUAUUAGAGUUUUAUAUAUGCUUAAGCUCAUCCAUCACUUAAGAAAAUAAAAAAUCUCAUUAAAACUGAAUAAUCUAGAAGCUAGUACAUACUAUUGGACAUUUUUUGGGGGUAUUUUAUAUGAAAGUUGUACUUAUCUUUGUGUUGUUUAGAUUUGUUGGCUACCAUUUCUGGCUUCCUUUCUUUGGCUUUGGAUUAAAUCCACGAGUUUAUCUGUAAGCUCAGCAGCAGAUUUAAUUGAUAAUUUAGCUUUUUACUGAAUCCUUUGCAAUAAAGAAAACUGGUUCAUCAGUGGUUGAUCACUUUCACUCUAUUGUGUGAGCUGGAAAUCUUAUUUUAUAUGAGAGAUAUAGCAAACUUUUGUGCAUAAACAAGGAAUGUGUCAGCUUAAACUGGGUCAUUUUACUUUUUGGCAUCAUGUGUCUGUACACCAAAAGUGUUUAUAUGUCUGCAAAUUAAAGCUAUAUAUUUUCAUAAU